GGCAAUAAUGGCGGAGGGUCUGGUGAGCGGGGCUGUUCUGGGUGCGUUGUUCGGAGAGCUGCUGAAAGGCAUAUUGGAUUUGGCGGAAAAGAGCAUUCAUUUCAAACCUGUGCUGGAGGAGAUCAGAGUCCAGUUAGAGUUUCUGAGCUUAGUGAUCCAACAGCUUGAUGAUGAGCAUAGCGGCUUCCUUGCUUCCGCAGAAAACACAAGGAGCUUGCGGGGAGUGAUAGAGAAAGGGAAGAAACUGAUAGGCAAGUGCGAGGGUGUGGAUCAAAGUAUUCUGAAUUAUCACAAGGCCCCAUUUUACACCAAAAAGCUUCGCCAAUUGGAUGCUGAAUUUGGAAGGGCCUCACAAAAUUUGUUGUUGCAAAUGAACGUACAGCAGUUGAGGAGGAUAUCUAUGAAUGGUAAUGGGAGUGGCAGUUCUGUAUUGUUAAAGGUUAUGAGCUUUGGUUGCUGUUGUAGCGUCUUCGGUGACCUCCCAAAUCAAAUCAAAUUGCCCCUUGUGUUUUACCACAACAAGCAACUCAAAGGAAAAACGGGUCCAAAUUUUGGUGAUGGAAUGCUGGGUUGGGUGGUCGAGCACAUCAAAGACAACAUAAACCAAGAAGCAGGGCAGAGCAGUGGAGAGGGCGAUAAAGGGUUGCAUAGAAGAGUUGAAGAGGCGAUAGAGAGGUUGGGAGAUGGUCGGUUUGAGAAGAUAUUCCAUCGGACGUUUGAAACGGUGGCCAAUGAGAAGCUUCAAAACUGGUUCCGUUGUGAUUUGGAGACGGAAGUUGGUCCUCUCAGAGGGGUUUUGUUUGUAUCAACAGUAAAGCUUGCAUUCUGCACUAACAUCCAUACUCCACACCCCAACCUCUAUCUAAAGGUAAUUAUACCAUUUCAGCUCCUCAAAGGCGUUGGGAGGAACCCCUGCGAUCAACAAUACAUACACUUCAUCUCUGUUGAUAACCAAAAAUUUCAGUUCAUCAACUUCCGAAACUACGAGGACGCCAACAAAUGCGCGCAACAAAUUCCAAUAACACUGCCCACAUGCACUCGCUGUAGGCUUCAAUAAAGGAAAGCUUCAACUUAGGACAUCCCAUCAUGUGAGAUUUCGUUAGUGUCCGUUAGGUCGUUAUGUGUUCUUUCUGGUGUCUGUGAGUGGUUUCAUCCUCUUGCUAAUAACUUACUUGUUCCUCUCUCCAACCGAUGUGAGAUUUCACAAGCUAGCCCCUUGCCCGGUCAUGCUCGUCCAGAGCGUGUUGCCUGUGGCCACAUGCCCAUGCCACUCCGAACCCUUUAUGUUAUUCUAUGUUGUAUUGCUUUACUAUUGUAUUUUCCGUUUGUAUGACUAUAUUGGCGAAAUCUGAAUUGCUUCAAAAUAUACUAUUUGGAGGAUGUGACGAGCUAUCUAAUUCUCCAUACCCGAAAAAUUAUAUACUGU